AACCACAAUAUGAUGUUAAACGUUUGUUGCAACAAGAAAAGUGGAGUUGGCACGCAUAGGGUAUACUGAUACAUCCAUGCUAUCUACAGUGGAUCCUGCGACGCAAGAUAACUACUACGGCUACAUUUACGCGCCUGAAUACCCACCGGAGGAAUACUAUCUCAGUGACCAGUCGAAUACUGACACCACUGAGGACGUCGACGACAGUUCUGGACCGGCGGCCAUUACCAUUCCGCGUUACUGGAACCAUACACACCCUGCUGUUCCGAGGCACACCAUCAUUCCCACACCUAGAACGGUUCCCACAUUUAGAACGGUUCCCAUAUUUAGAACGGUUCCCACACCUAGAAGGGUUCCCACACCUAGAAGGGUUCCCACACCUGGACGGAUUCCGACACCUAGAACGGCUCCUACGAGUGCUGCGCCGCCGACAAUGAUGACGCUUUCCAGGGGGACGCCUUCCUCGGCCUCUCCGGCUACGACGACGACGACUCAGCCUCCUCCGCUGCUGUGUUCGGUGGGCUCACCGGCAGCCGCCAUCCACCCGCUGUACCCGCCGGACAGGUCGUGCGACAUCGUCUUCUUCACGCACGUGCGGGUCAAGAACAACACGGUGCGGCCUGUGCUCAGCAAGAUCAGCUUCCCGACGUUCAGGAAUGUCUGCGCCGCAUACAGAGACACCACCUGCGGCCUGUCCUUCGACGUGAAUUUCCUCGACGGAAACCAGUUUUCCACCACGGACUUGUUGGAUCAUCUGGCGCAGCUAAGAAGCACGUCGCGUAUCAACCAUUACGGCGUCCUCAACAUCUACGGGGCCCCGGCAUUCGUCGAAAGCAUCAGCGGCGCGGGGAACUUGACCGCUACUAUCAGCGCAUUCCGGAGUGCCCUAGGAGACGACAGGAAAAACCAUAUGAUCGUCGUCGGCGUCGGGUAUUUCUUCUACAACGGCACAAACUCGUGGCAAAACUUGACCAAAGUUGUCGAGAGAGUCGCCUCGGACGACGUGGAUGUUGUGGUGGUAAUCACCACUAUUCUAGCACAACCCGAUCGGCGACAGUGCCUAAUGCUGCCCGUCAACGCGAUUGACAGCCAGAACCCUUUCGUACCAACAAUGGAGGCGGCAUCCCACAUGAUCACUGCAGGAUUCUCGAGGCCCUCGCUCGUCGUGGCCUUCGCUCUUCAGAUGGGCGUCGUGUACUACAGCCUGGACGAGGAGUACAACCUGCCGAUAUUUGCCUUGUACCAGGCCUGUAGUGGCUUCGGGCUGGCGGACUACUCGCAGCGCUGA